AUGCGCGACGACGACGAUGGCAACCUCGAAUUCGACGCGUGGACAGCUGUCGCAGACGCGUCGUCGUCGUCGUCGUGCGCGUUCCUCGACUUCCUCAAACGCCGCGGCGCCACGGACGUGUUCGCGACGCACGUCCUCGACGGCGGCGCCUUGGACGCGGACGACCGCGGCGUCUUCGCUCGCGUCAGCGCCGCGUGUCGCGACGUCGCGGACGCGUCGCGCCUCCCGCGCGCGGGGAAUGACGGCGUGCCGCUCCGCGUGCGCGCGCACGCCAGCUCCGUCGCGCGGAUGCGAUGGGCGCGAUUGAACAGAUGCCCGUGGAACGAUCGCGUCUGCGACAUCAUCGCGGACGUCGGCUCGCUGGACGUCAUGAGGUUCGCGCGGACGGAGGGGAAGAUACCGUGGGGCGUCAAGACCGCGCUGAAUCUCGCGCGCGGGAACCACCUCGCCGUGUUCAGGUGGUGCUGCGAGGAGAAGCCCCAAACGCCGGGGCCGGGGGGGAGGACGCUCGACGCGCACGUGGAGAAGGUGGUCGGGCGGAAGAAUCAUCCGCGCUGGCGGGUGCCGCCAGAAGGCGCGUUCGAGUGUCUUCACACUGGUCCCCAUACGACCGCGUUCGCGUGGUGA